AUGAGGGCCCAGCAGGCGGCUGGGUCCGGUGGAUACGGUGGUUCGGAUGUUGGUGCCGGCAACAACGGGUACGGUGACCACCUUUUCCCGACCCAGGAGACGUCGGGUAUCCCGACCGGUGGCCAGACCGGCCUGCCUCAGGCGAACACGGCGGUGGGCGCGACGCCGGUUGCGACCUACUCGCAGCCCGCUACGUACCAACCCUCGGCGUUCCAGCAGACGCCGGUGCACCAGUCGCACAUCUACACGGAGUCGUCGGCGCCUACGUCGACCGUGGCUGCCGAGCCGCAGAACUCGUACGAGAUGCAGCCCCGUCACACGGGUGUGGUUACUGGUGCGGACGGCAGCGGCCCCGCGACGUACGGCGCAGGCGCGCCGGGUGCCACCGCCAUCAACAUGCCGGAUGGAAACAACAACACGUUCUUUGGCUCGAUUAGCAGCAUUCAAGACGCGAUCCGCCAAAUUGAGCAAAACAUCAACAAGAUCUCGGACCUGCACUCGCGCUCGCUCAACAACGUCGGCGAGUCUGCGCAGGUCGAGGCCGAGUCGCAGCUCACCGCUCUUGCCCAGGAGACGAGCAGCCUGACCAACUCGGUGAAGAACAAGAUCAAGGCCCUCGAGGCUGAGGCCGUCAAAAUCCCCACCAGCGGCCCGGCGCCGGAGGGCGUCGACCGCAACGUGCGCCUUACCCAGAUCGGUGCGGCAAAGAACCGCUUCAAGGAGACGAUCCUGCGCUACCAGGAGGUCGAGAAGGCGUACCGUACCAAGUACCGCCAGCGCACCGAGCGCCAGCUGCGCAUCGUCAAGCCGGACGCGACGCAGGAAGAGGUCCAGGGUGCGCUCGACGGCCAGGUCGGUGGCCAGCAGAUCUUUGCGCAGGCGCUCAUGAACUCGAACCGCCAGGGCGAGGCGCGCGGUGCGCUGCGUGAGGUGCAGGAGCGUCACACGGAUAUCCAGCGUAUCGAGCAGACAAUUACCGAGCUCGCCGCGCUCUUCCAGGAGAUGUCGAUCCUCGUCGAGCAGCAGGACGAGCAGUUGAAUGUGAUCAAGGACCACGCGCAGCACACCGAGCAGGAGGUGCAGGCUGGUCGCCAGCAGACCGACAAGGCGGUUAUUUCGGCCAAGAAGGCCCGUAAGCGCCGCUGGAUUUGCUUCUGGAUCCUGGUCGUUCUUGUCUGUAUUCUUAUUGCGGUCAUUGUCGGUGCUGUGUGUGGUAACGGCAUGUGCCAUUCGGGUGACAGCAAGAACAACAACAAUAACAACUAG